GUUGUCUCGCAACGGUAAAAUACGGGCCUAACACAAAAUUGAAAACGUUUCGCAGGUUUAUAUCCAGGGUAGUGUGUUUCUCCAAAAUGGGGAAAAGGAACAGGGAUAGACGAAGAAAUCAGCAAGACAGAGAUGCAAGACCAGACGGGAGAAGAGACAGAGAUAAUGCUGGUUGGGGUGCAGGUUACUCUGAAAUCAUAAAGGAGAACAAGAUGUUUGAACAUUAUUACAAGGAGCUGAAGAUUGUUCCUGAAGGAGAGUUUGAGGAGUUUAUGGAAGCAAUGAGAGAGCCAUUGCCUGCCACCAUAAGGAUAACAGGUUAUAAGAGUCAUGCCAAAGAGAUCCUUCAUUGCCUGAAGGAAAAAUACUUCAAGGAGGUUCAGGACCUUGAGGUGGACGGUCAGAAGAUAGAAGCUCCGCAGGCUCUCAGCUGGUACCCUGAUGAGUUAGCGUGGCACACCAAUUUAAGCAGGAAGAUCCUGCGGAAAUCUCCUCUCCUGGAGAAGUUUCACCAGUUCUUGGUCAGCGAAACCGAAUCGGGAAAUAUCAGCAGACAGGAAGCUGUCAGCAUGAUCCCUCCUCUGCUCUUGAAAAUUGAGCCACACCACAAGAUCCUAGACAUGUGUGCAGCCCCUGGAUCAAAGACUGCUCAGCUGAUUGAGAUGCUGCACUCCGACAUGGACGUUCCUUUCCCUGAGGGCUUUGUCAUUGCCAAUGACGUGGAUAACAAGCGCUGCUACCUGUUGGUGCACCAGGCUAAGAGACUUAACAGCCCGUGUAUUAUGGUGGUGAACCACGAUGCCUCCAGCAUCCCCCGACUACAGGUGGAGCAGGAUGGGAAAAAAGACAUCCUCUUCUACGACCGCAUCCUGUGUGAUGUUCCCUGCAGCGGAGAUGGAACGAUGAGGAAAAACAUUGAUGUGUGGAAAAAGUGGACGACCAGCAACAGCCUGCAUCUGCAUGGUCUGCAGUUGCGGAUUGCUGUGCGUGGUGUUGAACAGCUGGCUGUUGGAGGGAGGAUGGUGUACUCCACCUGCUCUCUCAACCCUGUAGAGGAUGAAGCUGUCAUCGCCUCUCUGCUGGAGAAGAGUGAAGGUGCCUUAGAGCUGGCAGAUAGCUCUGCAGAUCUCCCAGGACUGAAAUGGAUGCCUGGAAUCACUUCUUGGAAGGUAAUGACAAGAGAGGGCCAGUGGUACUCGGACUGGUCUGAGGUACCCACCAGUCGACACACUCAAAUCCGGCCUACCAUGUUCCCCCCGACCGACCCAGAGAAACUCAAGAGCAUGAACCUGGAGAGAUGUAUGAGGAUAUUGCCACAUCACCAGAACACUGGAGGAUUCUUCGUGGCUGUAGUGGUAAAGAAAGGUCCAAUGCCAUGGAACCGGCGCUACCCAAAGCUCCGUAAUAAGGAGGCCGUCUCCUCUGCUGAGGCGGCCCCAGCCGACGAGCUGCAGAUGGAGGUGUCUCCCGCUGGUGCACCCCCUACCGACGCCUCCCCCGGCGAGACCCACGCGGAGGAGAGGGAGAGGGAAACACCCGCAGACGCAACAACCACACCACCUGAGACGGGAGACCACCCUCAGGAGCCCGAGGCCAGGAAAGAUGGAGUGUGCGCGCCUCCGCCUUCAAAGAAGAUGAAGCUCUUUGGCUUCAAAGAAGAUCCCUUUGUGUUUCUGACAGAGGAUGACCUCGUCUUUCCGCCUAUCCAGGCUUUCUACGACUUGUCUACAGACUUCCCGAAGCUGAACGUGCUGACUCGUACUCAUGAAGGGAAGAAAAGGCAUCUGUACAUGGUGUCCAAGGAACUGCGUAAUGUACUGCUCAACAACAGUGAGAGAAUGAAAGUCAUCAACACCGGAGUAAAGGUUUGGUCACGGAAUAAUGACGGAGAACAGUUCGGAUGCGCUUUCAGACUGGCCCAGGAGGGUAUCUACACUGUUUGUCCCUACAUCCGAGCUCGUAUCAUCUCCAUCAGCGUAGAGGAUGUGAAGGUGCUGCUGACCCAGGAGAAUCCCUUCCUCAGCAAGCUGGGAAACGAGGCCCGCGUUCAGGCAGAGAGGCUCGAUAUGGGAAGUGUCGUUUUACGAUACCAGCCAGAUCCCAAGGACCCAAACUCUCCUCAGUGCCCUAUAGAGCUGUGUGGCUGGAGGGGAAAAACCUCCAUCAGGGCCUUUGUCCCACGGAACGAACGACUACACUACCUGCGCAUGGUGGGUGUGGAGGUGUUCCGAGACAAGCAGGGCAAGAGGAACGACGCCACGGCAGAAGGUCAGGAGGAGGAGAACGCGGGGAAGGAGGAGGCGCAGGACCAGGAAGGACGUCCUCUGGAACAGGAGGGCUCCGAGUCAGAGGAGCGUAACGGCCCCACGCAGAACACCACAAACAGAACAGAAGCCGUGAGCAACACCUGAGAUGAUGUAAUGGAAGAGAAGGAAGAGUGCAACCAUAGGAAGGUUUGAAUGCUCCAGAGCCAGUCCUGACAAACAGGGGGUAAAGGGAGU